AUGUCCCUGCGAGCAGAUGCAGCCCAGUGUGGAGGGGUGGUGGUGGAGCUUGAGUCUGAUGACAUCAGGGAGGCUCGGGCCAGGAAGGCCAGGAGUACACCAGGUCAGCUCGUCUAUUGUGGGAGGGGAGAGAGAGAUGACCAGGACUUUACACUGACCUCAUGACCUGACAAUACAACUACACAGCUAUUACUAAAUGAGGAUGUAACAACAUGUUGUGAUUGUCGGAACUACAGACUUACUAUAUAGGUAUAAGAUCAACUUAAUGUAAAGUGUUAGGUAUAAGAGCAACUUAAUGUAAAGUGUUAGGUAUAAGAGCAACUUAAUGUAAAGUGUUAGGUAUUAGAGAAACUUAACUUAAAGUGUUAAGUAUAAGAGCUACUUAAUGUAAAGUGUUAGGUGUAAGAGAAACUUAAUGUAAAGUGUUAGGUAUAAGAGCAACUUAACGUAAAGUGUUACGUAUUAGAGAAACUUAACUUAAAGUGUUAAGUAUAAGAGCUACUUAAUGUAAAGUGUUAAGUAUAAGAGCAACUUAAUGUAGUGUUAGGUGUAACAGCUACUUAAUGUAAAGUGUUAGGUGUAAGAGAAACUUAAUGUAAAGUGUUAGGUAUAAGAGAAACGUAAUGUAAAGUGUUAGGUAUAACAGCUACUUAAUGUAAAGUGUUAGGUAUAAGAGCAACUUAACGUAAAGUGUUAGGUAUUAGAGAAACUUAACUUAAAGUGUUAAGUAUAAGAGCUACUUAAUGUAAAGUGUUAGGUAUAAGAGCAACUUAACAUAAAGCGUUAGGUGUAAGAGCAACUUAAUGUAAAGUGUUAGGUGUAAGAUCUACUUAAUGUAAAGUGUUAGGUAUAAGAGCAACUUAAUGCUUUUGCUUUCUAAUCAGGUCAAGUGGUCAGAAAACAUCCUGGUCCUAAAUAUGUUCAGACAUACUCUGAUGACCAGUGCUUAAUAUUAGGUAGUUUUACAGCUUUAUUUGCAGAAUGUGUCCUGUAGAUCCGUAAUGAUGUUACCUCUGGUUAUUGUUCAUGUUACUGUGUGUCUCUGUUGAAUGUACUCACCAGGGUCAGCCCUCAUCUACCUCAGGGGCCCUAAAUUCCUGAUCUACGUCAGUGGAGCACUGUCCAUGUGGGUAAGAAGCCUUUUCAUGUAACAACAAUGGGUAAGGGAGCUACAAAGCCAUACCGGCUGGACACUAUACAGUUUAUGUGUCAUCAACCUGGUAGUAUCUUACAAAUCAAUGAAAGAUCAAAACAAUUUACAUUUCUCUUAUGACAUAAAGCCCUAGAAAGAGUAAAAAGCUAAAAGCCAAAAGCUAAAAACGUUUUUUCUCAGUCAUGAUGACUAUUUGUCUUUCUAAUAGGGUGACCGUAUGUGGCACUUUGCCAUUUCGGUGUUCCUGAUCGAGCUGUAUGGUCGUAACCUGCUGCUGACCGCAAUAUUCGGCUUGGUGGUGGCGGGGUCAGUGCUGCUGCUGGGGGCAUUGAUUGGGGACUGGGUUGACCGCAACCCCAGGAACAAAGGUUAGACCAACAAUAAUUUAUAUCUACAUCUAUAGGGACUGACAUCUAGUCCCAAAUGGCACCCUAAAGGUACUGCAAUAUAAUAUGGAAUAGGAUGCCAUUUGGGACACAGUCCUAAUUUCCUGCCUCUCAGGGGCCCUCUGCAGUUCAAACAAUAACAAAGUUGUCACCCCGCCACUGUUUUGGUAAAUUGCUGAGGGAUGGGGAUGGAUAAAUGUAACCACUCUCAAAUUCAUAGUUAGAGCUAUGGACGCAAGUACUGACCAUCCAUGAGAUGCAAAUUAUAGUUUUAAUCAUGUUUUGAAGCUAUACUGUGUUAGUUUACAAUUACAAAGUAAAACAAUAGUAUAUUUGGGGUUCUGAUGGGGUACGACAGAUGAGCUAAGCUCAUGAGUCAUUUACAAGUUAUAUUAUUUUAGACUCAAUGGCUAUAUACAGUGCAUUCCGAAAGUCUUCAGACUCCUUGACUUUUUCCACAUUUUGUUACGUUACAGCCAUAUUCUAAAAUGGAUUAAAACAUUCCCUUCAUCAAUCUACACACAAUAACCUAUAAUGACAAUGCGAAAACAGGUUUUUAGAAAUGUUGGCACAUUUAUUAAAAAACAAAAAACCUUAUUUACAUAAGUAUUCAGACCCUUUGCUAUCAGACUUGAAAUUGAUCUCAGGUGCAUCCUGUUUCCAUUGAUCAUCCUUGAGAUGUUUCUACAACUUGAUUGGAGUCCACCUGUGGUCAAUUCAAUUGAUUGGACAUGAUUUGGAAAGGCACACACCUGUCUAUAUAAGGUCUCACAGUUGACAGUGCAUGUCAGAGCAAAAAACAAGCCAUGAGGUCGAAGGAAUUGUACGUAGAGCUCCGAGACAGGAUUGUGUUGAGGCACAGAUCUGGGGAAGGGUACCAAAAAAUGUCUGCAGCAUUGAAGGUCCCCAAGAACACAAUGGCCUCCAUCAUUCUUAAAUGGAAGAAGUUAGGAAGACUCUUCCUAGAGCUGGCCACCCGGCCAAACUGAGCAAUCGGAGGAGAAGGGCCUUGGUCAGGGAGGGGACCAAGAACCCGAUGGUCACUCUGACAGAGCUCCAGAGUUCCUCUGUGGAGAUGGGAUAACCUUCCAGAAGGACAACCAUCUCUGAAGCCCUCCACCAAUCAGGCCUUUAUGGUAGAGUGGUCAGAAGGAAGCCACUCCUCAGUAAAAGGCACGACAGCCCGCUUAGAGUUUGCCAAAAGGCACCUAAAGGACUCAGACCAUGAGAAACAAGAUUCUCUGGUCUGAUGAAACCAAGAUUGAACUCUUUGGCCUGAAUGCCAAGCGUCACGUCUGGAGGAAACCUGGCACCAUCCCUACGGUGAAGUAUGGUGGUGGCAGCAUCAUGCUGUGGGGAUGUUUUUCAGCAGCAGGGACUGGGAGACUAGUCAGGAUUGAGGGAAAGAUGAACGGAGCAAAGUACAGAGUGAUCCUUCAUGAAAACCUGCUACAGAGCGUGCAGGACCUCAGACUGGGGCGAAGGUUCACCUUCCAACAGGAUAACAACCCUAAGCACACAGCCAAGACAACGCAGGAGUGGCUUCAGGACAAGUCUCUGAAUGUCCUUGAGUGGCCGAGCCAGAGCCUGGACUUGAACCAGAUCGAACAUCUCUGGAGAGACCUGAAAAUAGCUGUACAACGACGCUCCCGCUCCAACCUGAUAGCGCUUGAGAGGAUCUGCAGAGAAGAAUGGGAGAAACUCCCCAAAUGCAGGUGUGCCAAGCUUGUAGCUUCAUACCCAAGAAGACUUGAGGCUGUAAUCGCUGCCAAAGGUGCUUAAACAAAGUACUGAUUAAAGGGUCUUGAAUACUUAUGUAAAUGUGAUAUUUCCGUUUUUUAUUGUAAUACAUUUGCAAAAAUUUCUAAAAACCUGUUUUUCUUUGUCAUUAUGGGGUAUUGUGUAGAUUCAUGAGGGGAAAAAGAAUAAGGCUGUAACGUAACAAAAUGUGGAAAAAGUCAAGGGGUCUGAAUACUUUCCGAAUGCACUGUAUCAUUACUUUAAAAGUCCCAAAAUGUAUGUACUGUAGCAACUGCAGAUUGCCCCUUUAAGACCAAUGAUGUAUUUAUGAUACACUGUUACAGAAUAUUUUAGAAUCUUAGUUUCUUCUCCCUCCUUGGUUUUAGUGGCGCAUGCAUCGUUGUUGGUUCAGAACAUUUCAGUGACGGUGUGUAGCAUUGUGCUCAUGUUGGUCUUCUCAUAUAAACAGUGGAUUGAGAGCAUUUGGGAUGGCUGGUUAACUGUGAGUAUGUUUCUCCCUUUCUUUCCCAUACCAUCUAAACUCUCAUGAUGUGAACCUACAGUAUGUUUUGGAAUCAGACAUGGAUUCAAAUAGUAUUUGUAUUCUUUCAAAGACUUUAUCUGCACUUGAUUGAGUAUGCCUGGUGCAAUGGAACCAAUGGAAUAGUCCUAAAAGUACAAAUUCCACCCAUCCUGUGCUCCAGGCAUGCUCAAUCAAACGCUCAAUGUAUUUGAAAGAAAAUGAAUACUAUUUAAACCCCAGGUCUCUUGAGAAUCAGGCUUGAUAUAUGAUUGUAAACUGCUGUGACGGUUGCUGUUUCUACUGCCACUGUUCUGUGUCCAUGUUGUUGCUGCUGCUGCUGUUCUGAGCCUCCUGCUGCUCUGUGCUGUCAUGCGUAGUAACGUGUUGCAUCACAAAACUUACACAAGGUGGUUUGUUAUACGGUGGUGAUCGUCCUGGCAGAUGUGGCUAACCUAGCAAGCACGGCGCUGACCAUCGCCAUCCAGAGGGACUGGAUUGUGGUUAUCACUGGCUACAACCGGGGUCACCUCGCCGGUGAGACUGGCAGACCUGCCGCAAGCUAUUACAUCAUGAGGGAUUGUUGUUUCUGUUUCAGCUGCUGAACUGGCUGGUGGUUAAAGCACUUCAAGUUUAUCAGACACUCUAUGUAUUUAGUUUUUCUAGGAUGUAUCACAUGCAUUACAAUAGAAGUAGAAGAGGUUGCUAAUUUAGGCAUUAGUGCAAACUGGUAGCACAAGUUCUAAUAUCACCACAACCAAACAAAACCCUGUACGUUUGGUUUGAUUCUGAUCUGAAGGGAUGAAUGCUACCAUGCGGCGCAUCGAUCAGGUGACCAACAUCCUGGCACCACUGUCGGUGGGACAGGUCAUGACCCUGGCCUCCAACGUGAUUGGCUGCGGCUUCAUCCUGGGCUGGAACCUGGUGUCCCUCAUAGUGGAGUUUAUCUUCCUGUCCCGGGUCUACCGCAUUGUCCCGGCGCUGUCAGUCAAACCGCCCACGCCCGAGGACGGCCAGGCCACCCUGGAGAGACCAGAAGAGAGGACCGAGGGACUGGUGGAGAAAAGGGGGUCACAAGGUCAGUUUCCUUGGGGUCCUGGUGUCCUGGUCACCGUGUGACUGCUUCAGUAGUUGAGUUGGUCAAGUAAAGUAUAGUGGAUCUUCCAACCUAUUUCAUCCAACUUUACAGUGAAGUAUAGCUUUACUUUACAGUAAAAGUGGCUGAAAUUGGUUGGAAGAUACGUGAGGUCAAGAAACCUAACUGUAACUCCACAACAUGCACAGCACAUACAUGCUUAUUCAUCUCUAUGGAAAAGCAGUACUACUUGAAAACACCAUUGCCCUAAGUUAGUUAAUGGAUGAUGUUAGCAGCAUGACUGAUGUUUGUCCCUCUCCCUCUCAGUAGAGCAGAGUGAGGUGGUGACAUCAGCCCCGGGCCUCAGCGAUGACGACAUGAGCCUGAACCUGAAGGAGAUCACCAACCUGCCUCUGUGUUUCGGACGCUUCCGCUGGCUCCUGAGCACCUGUAAGGACGGCUGGAGGGCCUACUACCGCCAGGAUGUCUUCCUGGCUGGGAUGGGCCUGGCCUUCCUCUACACAACUGUCCUUGGCUUCGACUGCAUCACCACCGGUUACGCCUACACCCAGGGCAUCAGUGGCUCCCUGCUCAGUCUGCUGAUGGGCGUCUCGGCUAUAACAGGCCUCAUGGGCACAGUCAUGUUCACCAAGCUGAGGAAGGCCUACGGUUUAGUCAACACAGGCAUCAUCUCCAGCUGUCUCCAUCUUUGCUGUCUGCUGCUGUGUGUGUGUUCUGUGUUUGCCCCUGGCAGCCCCAUGGACCUCAGCCUGCUCAUGCCCUUCCUGGACACCAACGCCAACUCGUCGUUGGCGGCGGCCGGGGGGAUGGUGGCGGGCCAGAGGCAGAAACACACCUACCCGAUGCGGGGUGGCAUUAAUCAGCCGCUGCUGCCCGACCGCUCGUCCAUCCACUGGACCAACAACACAGUGCUGUUUGAGAACAUGCCGUCGGGCACGGAGCCAGACUCCUACAUCUCUAUAAUCCUGCUGUUCUUGGGUGUCAUCACAGCACGCAUCGGUGAGUAAGAGGGACGACCAGGCCCAGGCCCUUCACAAUCAGAUUGAGUUAGUGGUUUGCUGAUCCACAGCUUAACAAUAGCAACUGUACUAUAUAUGUUUCUAGCAUAGGCUGUGGGUAUUCAGUUCUUUGAAACUCAACAGUAAAUUAGUUCAAAUAGUGUUGGAAGAUAAUCAUUUUCGUAUUAUACCAGAAAAAUGCUUACCAGUUUUGAUUGCAGUGUCUGACUGAAUGGAGACUACAGCAAUGGAUCCAUAGUGUAGUAGUCUAUCUGUAUAGACCAUAGUGUAGUAGUCUAUCUGUAUAGACCAUAGUGUAGUAGUCUAGCUGUAUAGACCAUAGUGUAGUUGUCUAUCUGUAUAGACCAUAGUGUAGUAGUCUAUCUGUAUAGACCAUAGUGUAGUUGUCUAUCUGUAUAGACCAUAGUGUAGUUGUCUAUCUGUAUAGACCAUAGUGUAGUUGUCUAUCUGUAUAGACCAUAGUGUAGUAGUCUAUCUGUAUAGACCAUAGUGUAGUUGUCUAUCUGUAUAGACCAUAGUGUAGUUGUCUAUCUGUAUAGACCAUAGUGUAGUUGUCUAUCUGUAUAGACCAUAGUGUAGUAGUCUAUCUGUAUAGACCAUAGUGUAGUUGUCUAUCUGUAUAGACCAUAGUGUAGUUGUCUAUCUGUAUAGACCAUAGUGUAGUUGUCUAUCUGUAUAGACCAUAGUGUAGUUGUCUAUCUGUAUAGACCAUAGUGUAGUUGUCUAUCUGUAUAGACCAUAGUGUAGUAGUCUAUCUGUAUAGACCAUAGUGUAGUAGUCUAUCUGUAUAGACCAUAGCAACCAUUGACCGUCUGUUCUCUGUGUAUCCUGUGUGUUCCAGGUCUGUGGUCCUUCGACCUGACCGUGACCCAGCUGCUUCAGGAGAACAUCUGUGAGUCGGAACGCGGCGUGGUCAACGGCGUCCAGAGCUCCAUGAACUACCUGAUGGACCUUCUCCACUUCAUCAUGGUCAUCUCUGCUCCGCAGCCGCAGCACUUUGGCAUCCUGGUCAUCAUAUCUGUACUGUUCAUCACCACGGGACACACCAUGUACUUCCUGUACGCACGCAAAGCCAAGAGAAAACCUGCCAGACGCCUGGACACGUAG